AUUUUAUAAUGUAUUGUAACAGGUUAUAUUGGGCAAGGUAUGUUGAGUGCAGCAGUAGCAGGUUCUGUGUUCACCUCACCCCCACCUGCAAGUAUCCUUGCUGCCAUCAGAGCUAUUGGCCAGGGAAACCCAGGGGGAGUGCUUGUAGUGGUGAAAAAUUAUACAGGUGAUCGUCUCAACUUUGGCCUCUCUGUUGAGCGAGCCAAAGCUGAAGGGAUCAAAGUGGAUAUGGUGAUUAUUGGAGAAGACUGUGCUUUAGCCUCCAUUGACAAAACUGCCGGGCGCCGAGGCCUUUGUGGAACUGUGCUGAUACAUAAGAUUGCAGGGGCGCUGGCAGAAAAAGGAUACUCUUUGGACAAAAUUUCCAACAUUGUGAGGAAUGUAACAACCAAGAUGGGAACUAUGGGACUAUCGCUGACACCUUGUAGUGUACCUGGAUCUGGGCCAUCGUUUCACCUUGGAACUGAUGAAAUGGAACUAGGACUUGGAAUACAUGGGGAGGCUGGAGUGAAGCGAAUGAAGCUUCUGAGUGCCAAGGAAGCUAUAAAGGAAGUUUUAGACCACCUGACAAACCCACAGACUGAAACUCACUUGCUACUAGAAAAAGGUGACAGCGUGGCAGUGAUGAUCAACAACCUUGGAGGCACAUCUGUACUGGAACUUAACAUUGUGGCUAAGGAAGUUAUUGCUUAUUUAGAAGCUAAAGGUGUGUUGGUUGAUCGCGCAUACUGUGGUACAUACAUGACCUCACUUGAGAUGGCAGGAAUCUCGAUCACAGUGCUGAGACUGGACACUACUCUUAAGGACUGCUUAGACAGUUUAACGAAUGCUCCUGCAUGGAAACAACCUUUGUUAACUCCCAAUCAAAAAGACAGACGUACACCUGAUGUAAUGAAGGUUAAGACUUCAAGUGCUGCAAAUGUAAUGAGUUCUGCUCACAUUGAAAAUUUCAUCUCUCUUCCACAAGAAACUGCUGACUUGGUAUAUGAUAUUGUUCAAAAUGUUUCUGAGGCCUUGUUAGCAGCUGAACAGCAUCUGAAUAGUUUAGACACACAGGCAGGAGAUGGAGACUGUGGCAGCACCUUGGCACGUGGUGCCAGAGCAAUCUUAGACCAGCUGGGUCCUAAGGAAAAGCCCAGUUUGCCUGUUGGUUGUCCCGCCCUUCUUGCUGCCGCGCUAGCUAAUAUUGCUGAAAAUGUCAUGGGUGGUUCAUCAGGAGCACUAUACAGCUUAUUUCUCACAGCUGCAUCAUCACCACUUCAGACAGGGACCGAGGCUAAGGACUGGUGUGUGGCGUUACAAACUGGAAUACAAGCCAUGAUGAAGUAUGGAGGUGCAGAACCUGGGCAGAGGACUAUGCUGGACCCACUUCAUGCUGCCGCAACUAAUUUCAGUGCACAGCUGACACAAACUAAUGGUAUUUCAGCCUUUGCUUCAGCUGCACAGGCAGCAGAAACUGCAGCACAAAACACAGCCCAAAUGAAAGCCCAGGCAGGUCGUGCCAGUUAUGUCAACUCUGACAUCUUAAACCAGCCUGAUGCCGGGGCAGUUGCUGUCACAAUCUGGAUGAAAGCAAUAGCUGCUAAACUUCUGUAAAACAAAUCUCAGGAUAUAUUUUUAUAUGUAAAAAAACUAACAACAGCUAUCACCAGCAUAGAGUAUCAUUCCUGAAAUAAUAUUCUGUUAGAUUCUAUUGGAAUUCUGUGGAAGUAAGUAUGCGGGCCAAAAUGAAAGUUGCAAGAAGGUUUAAAGAUUGUAUGAAUUGCUUACUGUGUCCACGAUAAAUGAAUCUUCCAAUGACCAGUUCUUAAAUAAUACUGUUUGGGAAGUUAAUCAGAUACACAAGGUACACUGCCAUUUAAGGUGGCAAUAAAUGCACAUAAUUUUUCCAUCUGAUACCAGUUAAGUUAAACUUCACCAACUUGUAAAACCUAUAUGCAUUUAUAUGGCAUUCAGAUGCAAACAUUACAUUUUCUGUAAACUUAAAACCUUAAAUGGUAAAGAAGUUAGAAUUGCAAAAAAAAAAAAGAAAUAAUUUAUCUUAACAUGAUCUACACACAAGCACAUAAUACAGAGUCAAAAUUGU